UGAAAAUGAUUUUCCCUAAAACCACAAAAUGGCUUAUUUCUCCCUGCGGAGUUGAGAGAGCUACGGCGAGAUGGAAGGUCGGAGAUUGAGAAGAUUUGAUCGUCCAUCACCACGUUCCUCCUUUCUACCGGUGACCACCUCCACCGCCGCCAACGACGCCACCAAAGCCACUGUGUCCUGCUGCUACUGCGACUUCAAAAUUCAUUUUUUAAAUCAACCCCUCUUUCGAUUUGGACGAACACACGCUGCCUUCUUCAGGCUCUGGUUCUCCAUUGGCGUCGGUUUCGCCCUCUCCUUGGUCUUUUCUGUUCUCUUCAUUCUUGUUUGGGGUAUUUUCUAUGGAAGAGACUCCAAUAACACGGCUUUUUUCUUCUUGUUUGGCUUCUCACCUUCGGUGUCAAUUGGUGAUGCUGCUUAUGUUAUAAUUUCUUCCUUGAUUGCUGUUUCUGUGCAUGAGUUUGGUCAUGCUGUUGCUGCUGCAAGUGAGGGCAUACAGGUGGAGUAUAUUGCUGUUUUCAUUGCUAUUCUGUUUCCGGGUGCUCUUGUCGCUCUCAACAAUGACUUGCUGCAGGCAUUGCCACGCUUUACUGUUCUCCGUGUGUACUGUGCUGGCAUUUGGCACAAUGCGGCGUGUUGUGCAGUUUGUGGGCUGGCUUUAUUCCUAAUGCCUGUAAUCUUGUUACCCUUUUAUACACAUGGUGAAGGCCCCAUGGUCUUGGAUGUACCUUCAACAUCACCUUUGUCAGGUUAUUUGUCCACAGGGGAUGUCAUUGUGUCUUUGGAUGGCAUACACAUCCAUAAUGAGCAUGAUUGGAUGGAGAUGGCUUCCUUUCUGGAUAGACGAACACUUAAAACAUCAAAUCAUACUGACUUUACAGGUUUGACAGUACCAAAUGGCAGAAAGGGGUACUGUGUCCCUAAUUCUAUAAUUGAAGAAAGUGAGAAGUUUCAAUCGGUGGACAACCAGUAUCGCUGUCCUGAUGAAUUAACUGCAUUUGUCACCCUUGAAUGCUCUGAUACAAGUACGCCACGUAAUGUUAUGAGUGAAGUUGGUCAGUCAAACAAAAGAGAGAGUAAUCACUGCUUAAAUGCAAAGGAUAUUGUCAAGUUAAAUAAAUGUGGUGAUGGAUGGAUGACUACUGUAACAAAUCAAAGCAACUGCAUAUGUGCAAAGCAAGAGUCCUGCUUAAGUCCAGAUCUGAUUGUCGGUUUAGUAUGGGUUGAGAUCACAUAUUCAAGACCAUCUCCAGAGUGCUUGCAGCUUGGAAGAGAUUCAAUUUCAGAUUCCAGUGGUGCUGACUUUGUCAAACAUGACUGUGGUGGGACUUUUGUAUUCGUUGGUGAUGUGAUCACCAUGGCACAGUCAGUUCAGUUAACUGCAUAUCGACCUCGUUGGACACAUGGUUUUUCUGCGUAUCUUCCAAAUAUAAUAGAAAAGGGUUUGAUGUGCGUGUUCCAUAUUUCACUAACCCUAGCUCUUCUUAACAGUUUGCCUGUAUAUUUCCUAGAUGGACAAUCUAUUUUAGAGGUGACUGUAUGCUACAUCACUUCUUUGAGCCCAAGGAAAAGGCAAAAGGUUCUUCAAGUAUGUCUAUUGGGAGGGACACUCAUAUCCAUCCUUGCCUUCGUGCGGAUGUUCUUCCUCAUUUUAUGGUAGAUAAAAAGGUUCCUCGAACCCUGUGAAAUUGUAGGCUAUUGAGAUAAUAUACAAACAUGAGCUUCGAUUAAACUAUUAGAUUCUUCACACUAAUUAGUCAAUCAGAAGAGGAUUCAAAUCCAUUGUUAGAUGUAUUUACAUGUGAAAUACUAACUAAAUUGUGUGGAUUUUGGAUGGUGUACUAUAUAGGAUAUCUUUAGGGGUGAAUUUGAUUUGAACUGUUUGAACUUGGAUCAAUAUUCGGCACAAAUGAACUGAGUUUGAGUUGAAAAAAUUUUAGCUCGUACUCUCUCACUGCAC